AUGAACUCCGAUGACUCGCCAACGGAUUUCAGCGAGACCGAGAUCGCCCCUGACCAGUCGUCGGAGACCUUCUACUACAAAUUGCAUCCGGGGCGCAAUAUCUUCUUUUGUAGAGGUCAUGGUGUAAUGAGCCGGCAGAUGGGUGUCUUCUAUCUCACAGUAUUCCUCAUCGUUGGUGUGAGUGCGCUCUUUUUUGCCUUCGAUUGUCGCUAUCUGGCGGUGACACUGAGUCCAGCCAUAGCCGCAUUUGGCGCUCUUCUCUUCAUCUUCGUAAUGGCAGUGCUCCUGCGUGCCAGUUGCAUCGACCCGGGCAUUAUCCCUCGAGCCACCGUUGCGGAAGUUAAAUGGGCGGAAGGUAAUGUCUUGUCACGUCCCCUAGAUACCUUUUUUUGCCCUUCUUCCUUUCUGUGACUUAUUUCGUCAACUUUGCUGUGGAGUGCCCCUGAUUGCUAGAGUAGGAUGUUUCGGACCUAAAAGAGGGCACAUCUUUAGAGGCAUAAAGGCGGGGCGAAGAAGGACGCAGGGGAACUGGUGGGUAUGGAUGGAGGGGUAUGAUAUUUCGAGGGUGUGAUUGCUACACAGCCCCGUGCCUGAUUAUUUCCGGUUCGAUCCAAAAUGGCCAGACGCUUAGACCCCAUCGCGGACGUUGGGAGCUUGUAUGACAUGGAGAUGGCAGCCCCGUUCAUUAGUGCCGUCCCAGAAAGGAUUGCUUAUUGCGUCCUUGUGUCUAUUAAUACCGUUUGCGCGAUUAAUUGCCUAUACCGGCGCCACACGUUCUGAGAAGGGUCGUGACGUUCAUUGACUGGUUCCAGUGUUGAAAACCACGACUCUUUGAGCGUGAAGGUUCAGUCUGCCAACAUUACACCCACCUGCGUCUGCCUCCGAUUCGGUCUCUGGUAACUACUUUGGAAUUAGAGCCGAGGCUUAGAACUAACAAGCUCACGACAGUUCGACCGAUGAUGUCCACCGCGUGCCCUGCAGCAGGGUGGGAGUAGGAGUAGUUACUCUCGGGUGACUUAGUCUAUAUCCAUAGUAGACUUGCACAGCGUCUACCGCACUCCCUCCUCCUCCCUCGCCUCAGUCCGGUGUCAUGACGGAAUCAAGAAGACCGAUGGCGGAAGAGGGCGCAGGCGACUGACAUGGCGAAGACCCGAACUUUGGCGUACCACUACACCCUCUGGUCCACGACGUAAACACAACAACAAUAAGAGGAAAAGGGAAGGGGGAACAACUCGGAUCUCGAUUGGUGCGCCGUGUACCUGCGCCUGGGCGUACUGCCAUAUUUCCAAUGUUGGAAUUUGUUAUGAGGGCGCAUUGCCGAUAGCGCCUGCCAGGCCCCGACCCAGCCCCCCUGUUGGUCCAGCGCAUCUACCUCGAGGCCCGUUUUAGGGGCACACCGUUUCUAUCGCCACGCUGGAGUAUCAUAUUGAAUUCCUGGGAUUCAAGAAAGAAAUCAUUACCCAGUCGAGAGUCUUUGAUGGGACCCCGACGGGUCUUUAAUAAAAAUUAUCCAUCUAUCUAUCUAUCUUGCCGGCGACGCAAAUUUUAGCAAGUUUAUUAGAUGAGCACGCUGCAUGUCAGGGUUUCCGAUCGUGUUUGGCGUAAUCGUAAGGAAUUUUCCCCAUCGGACCUGUCUAUGAUGGUGGUAAAUGAGGUUUCAUGGUAAAGAGGCUUUUUUAAGACACCUAAUGCACCGUACGAAUUAAGUGCUGUCUCGAGACAAGCCUAAUAUUCUCAGUCUUACAUGUGCAUUUACACCUGCUCCUGAACCGCUACCACUGAACAUAUCAUUUUUGGCGUCCACAAAAACGCUAUUUCAAGUGUGCACACUUGAACAAUACAGUUUUUUGCACCUGUUGGUUAAGAUGGAAGCACACCUCCAGCACUCAAACAUAAGCACCUUAGAUUAACGACCAGGUGCGCCGAGUGUGUUACGGCCCUCGUGAUUUCUGUUCACAAUCGGUCCACGCGCAAAUUCGGUUCACUUGUGUGGUAAGUCAGUCCGUCAGGUUGUUAGUCUUAUUUUCGGGACCCCUUUUAUGCAGCUCCGAGAGCUUCGCACGUAAUUUUGGUGAUGUCCGGUGCCAUUGAAUUGCACAGACAAAGGUCUGGAUGUUUUUCGUCCGGUUUUGCACUCCUACCAAUGAGACCGUUUCUGUGCUCAGUUGUCCGGCAGGGCUCAUUACGGGUUUCGCUGUUGUCAACGAAGAAGAGGCGAUCUCGGGAACCAUAGGCUUAAUAGCCUGACCUUUCAAAAGCAAACAAACUUCCAUCGUCGGAGGUGGGUUCUGUACGGCGCCUCGCAGUAUUUAUGGGUGUUGAGCAUGCGGGAGUGUUGUCGUUCCUACUGCUAUUCGUGCAGGAUCUGCUGCGGGGGGAGAAGUUAAUUGCUGUCGUGCUGGUCGGUCCCUUCCUCCGUUCGAGUGGGCUGUGUCGGGAUGACAACGGUCAAUGACCUCGUCUGCAUUGCCCGCAUUUGUUGUGCCUGACCCACGUUUCUCGUAAUGGUCUCCCGUUUGCAUCUGCCCGUGUGCACUUCGGUGAUUGGUGGCCCGUCGCCUUUGUCUCCCUUAUCGGUCUGCUGACCCCCGGCUUCGGUGUUUGGGCGCGAACUGUGUUCACUCGGACUUGUGGUCCUGACUUCCUGCCUUUGAUUCCGUUGAUUGAACCGCACUCGUAGGGCCUGGUAAGCCGCUGGGAGAAUCGUGGAGCGGUUGAUGGAAGUUGGUACGGUGUGCCAGGCUUCGAGCGUUUCCCUGACUGUCUGGUCGGCACCUCGGCCUAGGAUUUCGGCGUUCUGGAAGGCGAAAGUGUGUCCGGAGGCAGCACAAUGUUCCGCCACCAGUGAGAGUUGGCCCAUCCUUUUCACUGACCUUGCGUGCUCACUCUUGCGGGUUUGUAGACGUUUUCUGGUCUCUCCAACGUAGUUCUCCUCACAGGAACUGCACUGGACACGGUAGACGACGUUUGCCGUUUCGCCUCGUGACAGAGGGGCCUUGGGUCUCAUGACGAGACGUCUUAUUGUUGCUUCAGGUCUGUGGGCGACGCCGAUCCCCAGUGGUUGUAAGAGACGAGCGACUGCUUUGGAUACAUUCUCGAUAUACGGUAGCGCUCGCCACACUUUUGGUUCGUUGGCCUUACAGCCUUCUUUGGUUGCUUGCUGCGUUCAAUGAAACUGCGAGGGUAACCGUUGGAGAUGAACAUCCGCCGAAGAUAAUGGAGUUCGGCUACUUUGUGGGCUGCUUCGCUGCAAUGAGUUUCCGCCCUCUUGUAAAGAGUCCGCACACAGCUACGUUUGUGGCGCAACGGGUGGUUACUGUAGUAACUGAGGACCUGGCGUGUGUUGGUGGCCUUUCGGUAUACCAUCAUUCUUAGGCUCCCGUUGGUUUUGCGGUGGACCAGGACGUCUAGGAGCGCUAGCUGGUUGUUGACUUCUGUCUACCUUGUGAACUGGAUGUCCGGAAGAACAGAGUUCAGGAUCGUGUGAAAUUCGGAGACCAUCUCCCGCUUGAGGAUGACGAAGGUGUCGUCCACAUACCGUGUAGUGUGUACGUGUGUGACUAAGGCUUGUCAUUUAUUCAUUUUGAGCGAAGGAGGAGGGCGUGGGGCAAAUUCUAUUGCGCAAUCGCCUCUGGCUAAAAUGAACCUGACGCCCUUUAUAAACUAUUGCUGCGCCCAAAAAUCCCCCACCUAGGAGGUUACCAAGUGAUUUGGAAACUCGGUCGUUGAGACGGAGGGUGGGGCCGCAAUGGCCUUUGUGUGUCCCCUCGAUGGAUCUUACAGUUAUGAUGUCAAAGUUGAUUUGAGUAGGUUUCAGGUAGACUGAGAGAUCAGUGCAUAGAUGGGGGUUUUCUGUCAGGUAAGUCAGCCUCCGUAUCACUUCCUGUUCGUAUCGGCUUAGUAUUGCUAAGGAGAGUCCACGGGUUUGAAAAGAGGUAGGGAUAUCAAUCCUGCGGAACUCUCCUUCGUUGUUAUUCGAAUGGCUGGCUAGUCAUGGUGCUCGUCGAGGUCGACAAACGAGCUAUCAUGUACAGUUGCCAUGAUCGUAGUAUUUGAUCCCCCAUGGCCCCAAGGUGGUCAUAAGUUUGGCGCGCGUCUGGACCAUGUAUUUAUACUUUCCUCAAUCUACGAAAAAGAGUGUUUUGUCCUCCACUUUCCUCUCCUUAUCUCCCUUUAUCUGUUUGCCUUCUCUCUGAACCCCGGGUAAAAGCGGAAUCUUCGGAAUCCGGAGACGUCUACAGCGCGCGUGUCAACAUGAUGCAGACUCGAGAAAUGCUGAUUCGAGAUUAUCCCUACAAACAGGCCUACUGUCACACCUGUCGAAUCCAUCGCCCUCCGAGGGCCUCCCACUGCUCCAUUUGUGAUAACUGUGUUGGUAAGUUAGGUGAAGAAAAAACACCUGGACGUUUUUUUGGCGGCUGUUUUCGAGGCUGUUUUCCACACUGUACUGCCAACUAUGCACACCGGCAGUCUCUGAAAUCGACCGAGGCAGGGCGGGGGCGGUGAUCUAUCCGAGUCAAGUUGAGUGAGGAUGAGAUUGGUCGAAAUGGCUGUCGUGAGGCGAGGUUUUAAUUAAAUGCACGCAAAAAACUUUCACACUUACGAUGCAUCACCCGCCACUACUGAUGUUGGCAAACCUCUUUGUACCGCCUUUGUAUUAGUAACCGGUGACGUUUUACUGACUGUUUCUGUGUAUGCGUGUGCAAUUCAAUAGCCCCGAUAAGCACCCGAAUGUAGAGAAACGGUCUGAACAGAUGGUGGUCAGAGCUCAUCGCACAGGCAUCCCAGUCCAGCUGUGAUAGGUUCGCUAAUGUCUGACCAGUAUAGUGCGGUUGUUGUUCGUGAGGUAGCCACUUAUUUGCACGGCGGAAGGUAGACGGACGUCGAACAGAUGGGCCAGGUUCAGAAUUAGGUCUGUGAUUGAUGGCGCAGCCAUGUAGCUGGUUGGAGGUAACAGCGUACGUUGACUCGAGUUUCGCAGUUUCACAGAUGCCGCACAUGCCGACGGGCCAGCGUAGUCUAUUAGUUGUUGGGAGAAGAUCUGUCAUUCAGUGGAAGUCAGUAUUUUAGAAGUGUAUUGCUGUCGUCCUCGAUAACUCUAUUAAAAGUUUGCAGUCGUUUACCAGAAGAACAACAUUGUAAAUUAGCAAGCAGAUGACUAUCCCAUCAGGCCAAUAAAGGCUUUGAAUAAGAAAUCUUACUAAAAUGGAGCGAGUAGUAUAUGUACAUAAUUUUAGAGGGACUUGGAGACCCAACAGGACCCUUGUUUCCAUCAUGGGUCCUGCCCUGAUGCACACUCUGCUUUUGAGGCAGGUGUUGACGCGCAUUCGAAGGCCCUGUCAUUUGUUACCAUUGGUCAGGCAAUUACUCUUUUCAGCACCGUUAACCCUCCGAUAGCCUAGAAAUCCGGUUUAAUUAUGGCUGAGCGCACGGCGGUUGUGUGGGAUAGCCUGAUGGAUGGAUGUUUUCUUAUACUCCCCGGGGUUCAAGGACAAAUCUCUCUGUCCAGCCCUCCUGCACGCCAUUAGAAUGUUCGAGGACUAGGCUGAACGGUUGCUGUAAGGCCUUAUUUUAUUCUGAGAUACAUUGACCAUGUUGUGAUGCCGACACAGUUCCCGACCUUUUAAUUGAAAGCUUUUCUUGUCAGAUCAAUGCCCAGCCAUGUUUGAAGAUACUACCUUUUUUUCAUACUAAACGACCUUAUCUAGCUGGGCUUGCUCAUUCCCCAAAUGACCUUCGCUGGAGACUGUUCCGUCACCUGCCACAUUUGUACGCGCCGGGUAUCCGGCAAUUAAGCCUGUGGGGAGGUCCCGUAUUUUUGAGGAUUCCUGCCCUCUCGGGCAUGUUUGAGCUAGUAUCCUUCGCAUUUCAACUGUGUAGAGAAUACAGCCUAACAAAUCAUGCAUCAGCCUUUAGCUGGUCCAGUUGCGCUUAUAACGGCGUUUUGAAUACUGUAUUUUUCAUGAUAUAUCUGCUGUGACCCAGAACCGUUUGUGCGGCACCGUGAGUGCUAUGGUUUUAUUUGAGCCAGCCGUUCUCGACCAAAAUCUUAUCAUUGGCCACCGUCUCCCACAAAGAUUCUGAGAGUCGAAGAGUUUGCCAGAUUAGGGGAUGAUAGUGCUUAUAAUAAUGACUGCUGGUAACGGUUGUGGCAGUGAUGGUGAUGGCGGCGAAUAGACUGUCGACGAUAUCGACAGUUUAGAAGAAGACGAAGAUGCGAUCGCAGGAACAAGAAGUUUAUCGGCCUGACGUUUUGGAUUUUCACUCGAACCCAUUAGCAGAGACGGUCGCGGAUAAGGGUAGCGGAGGCGCAAAUAAUGCAGCAUUUAUAGUGCGUAGCUGCCGUGGGACCACAAUCGCAUUAUAAUUAACAGCUCUUGUGAUCACCACUUGGGGUUGCAAUUGAUUCGAUAAUGGUUUGUUAGUCUGCGUCCGAGUUGUUAAUCGCCGCAAUUUCAUCAUCCGUAUUGGAUGUUGGGGUGAUGAUGACCAGGCAGUUUGGUUCGCUGUCACUGGGAUUGUUGUUCGCCCGCGCCCUCCCCACAUGACUGAUUGCCAUGAUCAGGGAAUGUCUCAGCACAGAAUAUGUCAGCAGGAGGUCAUUACGUUUGUUGAUGGAUUGUAGGCUUGAGAACCAUGACUCGAGCAGCUCGCGACCCACGCGGUUGCCACCUCUUACGAGGAUUUCGGGGCCUGGAAACUUGAAAAUAUGGCCGGGUCCCGUCGAGCGUGCCGCCACCUGAGAGUUGGCGUCUUUCCUCCCCACUGCUGUUGCGUGCUCUGCCUUUCGCGUCCGGAGUAAUCUCCCAGUUUCUCCGACGUACUUGCCCUGUCUGCGACUGCAGCAGGUCCGGUAAACGACUCCAGCCGUUUUCUCCCGUGGCAGUGGGUCUUUCGGUCUCAUGACUUGGCGCCUGAUGGUUGCUUUCGGCCUGUGUGCAACCCCAAAUCCAAGUAAAGCUUUCGAUACAUUCUUUACGCAAGGAAGAGCUCGCCAAAAUUUAGGGCCGGUUAGAUUUGCUCUCCUCCAUAGUUUGUGUAUGUAAUGGUCGACAAAGUUGCGAAGGUAGCCAUUAGCCCUAAGUACCCGUCGAAGAUAUCAUAAUUCGACAAUCUUGUCUUCCGCUUUACCGCAGUGCGUCUCAACGCGCCGGUAUAGCGCCCUUGCGUAACUGCGUUUGGGACUGACCGGCUGCUUACUGUUGAAGUUUAGUACUUGUGUCGUAUUUGUCGUUUUGGAUAGGGAAGUAACCUACUGAUCAAAGCUCUCUUAACAGAAGUAAUACUUGCAGCGAAGUGGACAACGAGUCAGCGUUUUGUACGCGCGACAUUGUUUUCGUUGCGAGAGACACCCCGAAAUUAUAGAAAAUGUACUCUGACUGUGUCGGAUUCUGUCUUCGCUGGCUGAUCUAUGCCCGAUCUAGCUUUGCCUAUCCAUUUUAGAGCGUUUCGACCAUCACUGUCCGUGGAUUGGAAAUUGUGUCGGAAAAAGGAAUUACCGCUAUUUUACCGUCUUCAUCGUAUCUGUUGCUGUCUACUGCAGCUACGUGAUUGCCUUUGCGGCUGUCAACAUUGUAAUCAGUAAGCUCUCCCUGCCAUUCCUUUGACGUACUGUCCGUCUUGCAGCGUAUUUUUGCGUUUCCGUUUCUCAAAUUUUAACGCACAUUUUCCUCCUUCUGUGGGAUUUAUGUUGAAUUCUACUUCACCCAUUAUGACGUCUACAGUGUGCGCUGCACCACAGACUCGCGAACUGUGAACAUAAAUCGCUGUAGCGCACGAAACGCCGCCCACCCCGCAUCCACGAAUGUUUUACUGCGUUAAAUAAACGACCGAGCAUCAAAAAAGGCACAGUUUGGAUUACAGGGCAUUAUUUAUUGACAAAGAAAUAAUUUAUUUUACGUAGAACCGCCAAAUCCAAAAAGUUACUCUGUGACAGGUCAAUUAUUCAAGGCUUAAUAUAACUGCCAGCAGAGAAGGGGAAUGUCAUAAAACGACAAACUGAUGAAAAACAGUAACAAAUACAACGUACUAGUACGUUAUCGAUUGCCCUUUGGCUGUUAAACUUGCUGUAAGGCGCGAGGGCAUGGAGACUACCAAGUUGUCUGUGGUGGUUUGGUCAAUAUAAUUACUGAGCAAAAAGUCCAACUUUUUCUCCAUUGAAAGGUGUCUUCUUGCCUUUUCCCAAUUUCUGUUGAUUAAUGCAAAAAGGUUUUCGAUAGAAUCCAGGUUCGGGCUGUUGGCGGGGAUAAAACUGCUUUGAAGACCGCAGGCGGAGAGGCUGGUUGCGGUCUAGGAUAUCACAUUAUAGUCGUAAGCUGAAUUGGAAUCAUACCUACUUUGGGCGGUGAACAGGGGCAUUAUCCUGCAAAAUUACAGUGCCCAUUUGACGUCGAUGAAUGCCGUUGUAACCGAAGGUAUCCUUUACGACGUAGAUGAACAUCUCGCUAUUCAUCGUCUCCAUUGCCGAACGCCAGACCGGUCGCUCUCCGAAUUUGAUAGCCAUCCAAACCGCCAGGCGUCGACAGUUCUUGAGAGUUGGUGUCGAUAUAGUGUGCUCUCGUGAGAAGUUCCUCCCACAUAUGAUCACCUUGGCCGACUUCGGAGGCUUGUCGAAAAAUAAGACCUCAUCACAAAAGUAAAUGCUUUUCCAAAAUGAAAGUCUGCGAUCAAUAUAUAUUUGAGCAAACAAAAAACGUUCUCCAAUAAGUUUCCUACCUAAGAAUGGCUUUGUCAUGGCGUUUUGCUGAAGGCCGAAUUCUUUCAUUCUUUUUCUAAUCAUGCCCAAAGAAAACAUUGACAGGUGUUCCCUGUAGGUAGCCUCAAGAGGCAUAUAAUGAUACUUUUUCAGUGUCCGACGAAUUAAAUCGUCGUCUUGCUUGCUUGUGGAUAGUUUUGACUCACCCGGCUUUAGCUCUAGGCACUGUUGUAUUAUUAAUAACUUUCCAGGGAGUGAUUUGGCUAAUAUUGAAAAUACUAGCCAGUGACUCACUCUGCAGCCCUUCGGCUGCCAAUUUUCGUAUCCGCUCAAAGUCAACUUCCGAUAGGAAUUGUUUCGAUAUCUUUGUUGCACGGCAUGACAAGGAAAAGUGGCAGUAUGCAGCGCACAAUCCAUAUAUAUGUGUUUACGCCUGCUAGUUCCUCGUGUAGUAAAGUAAAUACUGUCGAACAAACUUAUUACCGCGUUUAUCGAUAUAAAGCGUUGCAAUUUUGCUAAGUAGAAUUUGUAAAGAGGAAAUUACUUUCUGUUUCAUGAACAGAAUGCGUUUUUGCAUAUUUGCCUUAACCCACUGUUCAUGAAUUUCCAUCUCCAGAGUGGGCGUCUUUGAUAUUUUUCUUGGUUAUAGGAAAGUUCCCUUAUGACGCAACGCGUGCAAAUAAGAGGUUUUAAUAGGCGAUGCUUAUUAAAGAAGGAAGUUACGUGGAUAUACGGAAACGUCGAAAUUUGCCUAAUCUUGGCCUGUCUUCCCUCAAUAAAACUGACCUAGCAUGACCUUUUCUUUAGAAAAGGGCUUUCUAGGAUUCCAAUCAAUUCUAAAAGCAAAACUAACCACACCAAAUGUUUGCCGCCCCACCAACUGAAAUAGCGAUCUCGAUAUUUCAUGAGUUAGGUUAUCUACUGUAGUUUGCACUGAGGGAGACUGGUGUAGCAUCUACCACGCUCUCACUUCCUUCGCCCACAUGGCUCUGAUGGACAGGCAUUGUCAAAACAUCUGGCGAUGGGCUCAGAUGCGAUGACUCCCGAAGCUAAUCAGCUCGUUUACGCCUGCCACACAGGACUUGGCAGUUUACCGGAUCUACGCAGAAAUGGGGCUCGGAUCUCGCGUUUGUGACAGUGUCAUGGAGGUUCUGCUGAGAUGGAGCCAUUGAGUUUGACCUCCAGUCCUCGGGCUAGUCACCCCACAUACACACAGUACUUACCAUGAGGGCAGAGUUAUCCAAUCAGCUCAAAGCUUUCCAAGCCGCGGCUUCUAGCACAUCGGAAUAAUUCCAAGCCAGGUCUGGUUUAUUGUGCUGAGGGAUGCGCUGACUUGGCGUGGAGAUGGAUUCCUCAUUGUGGAUAAGAAUGAGCUGUUGGUAGCAGUGACGAUGGUUAAGUGUCCGGCGAAGCAUCCAAAGGUCGUCUUAAUCACUGUCCCACUCUCUUAACUUGCGGGAGUUGUACCAAGCAGGGGAGGAGUGAUUCCGCCGAAACAUAUUUUUUUCUCUAUUCCCGCCUUCUUGCGCCACCAAACUCAAGAAGAUUGUCCACCGCCUUUGGGGGUGCACCAGUCGACGUGCGUGGAACUACUGCUUUCUAGGUGCUUAGGCGGACGCCUCGUUUCUCCCUCCUAGUCCCUCCUCCAGUACACGAGUUUACAGUGCUCGCAACCGAUUUGCCAGAUCAGUACUAAGCCACGCCCGGAUGUUUUACCGUUGCCUAAUCUUCAGACCCGGCAACCUGCUUACUUCUCUUUUACCCUGUUCUACGUGCGUUGCAGACCACAGGGCCACCUAUCGUCCCGUAUUGCGCUCCUAUUUUCCGCCUUUCUAUGGGGUAAGCAAACAUCUCGACCUCCCCCCUCUCGGCUGCCUACGGAUUCGCAAAAUGCGGCCUUAGAUUAAUACAGGUGUAUGACCUUACAGGGAUGGAGAACAGCUGAGCGACCGCGUCACUCGUUGGCUAUGCGUGGACACAAUACAGACGUGGAUUAACCUUUUCUGGAACCGCCAAGCCGUGAGGAUGUCGACCCAGCGCCUUGCCAGCCAGGCAGAUAGGAAGAGCGGAUAAAUCACUACGCGGACAAAUCCGAGACCUCGAUGGGGGCAGUGAUUGAACGCACAGGGUGACACAUGUACGCUUGACUGACAGUCGUAGCGGCCGGUGGGCAGGGAAUGCAGGAGAGGAUCCAGGCAGUGCGCGCUAACUCCGAUCAACCACCUGCGGUGCGUCCUCGUCAGAGAAUCAUUUUAGGCCUGGCUCUGCCCUUUCCUAACUGAUGAGGGUAGUUAAAAUAGAAGUGGCUGUUCUUGUUUUUUGUCGAUACUACCACAGUUUUUUUUCAGCGUCCACAGGCUACCAGUGAAUCUCUGCAAAGUUUGCGAUAAUCGAUUGCAACAGGCGAAAUGUCGGGUAGUUCGUAGAGUCUCAACAAUUGCGGCCUUUUCAAUCGAUGCUUGGCCUAAAGGGGGGGGGGGGGGCUGAAGAUCACGCAGCCCAGAACCCUGCACUUUUUUAGGAACCAAGAAGUAAAGAAGAAGAGUCGAGCACCGGAACACUUCUUUUAUUAUCCUGAGCUUUAAGACUCGUACAGGAGUCCAUCGUCAGAGGUAGUGGCAGAAACAGGAUAGGCGACAGUUAUAAGGCACGUAGGCCCAAUCAUCGACCGACGUCGCACGACUGGAGGUGACUACGAAGGCCUCUGUACGCCGGCGCCAGAUCGAUAAAUCGAUUGACCGAGUUCUCAUCCGAGGCCCAGGCUUCAAUCAAUUCUCGGCCUGGAACUCGAAAUUUCGCCUUCAUUCGUGAACCAAGAAGUUUCCGUCGAUGUCCGCUAAACUCCGCUUCCAGUUAAUGACAUACUCUAGGUCAGUCCGACCUCUCAACUUCUUAAAACCCCAGCUGCGGGUCUUCUCGAUCAAAACACUUUCCUGUUUUAACGUUGGUUCGUCAAAGUAGGUAUGUUUCACGGAAUGCCUUUUGAUGCUUUAGGUAGCUGCCUUCUAGAAUUCCUAUUCGUGGUGCUCUGCCUUGGUUAUUGGACAACCUAGAAAUGACAGCCAAAUUGGUUUGCGUCAGUAAUGGGCGUUUACCAAGUGACAUAAUAAUAGGCUAUAAUGCUAGAGUCCCCCGUGCAAAUUCUGAAAAUUAGUCGUUUCUUCGUCUUGGUUGUCCUCGAGGGUGGGCACUGUCACUGUUUUCGUAGCAUGUGGACUUCCGUCAAUUUUUUUAUAAUUGCAUGUGAUUGUUACUUUAUCGCCCCUUUAAGGGUAAAAAAACACUUAAACAUGUGACUGUAAUAAGUGCGAUUUUUGCGCAACUCGGCUGCCGUAUGCGCGGAUCUCAAACAGUUUUUUUUAUCAUAUUCCUGUACAUCUUUUUGCUGAGCCUAAUUCUGCCCUUGAAGAAAGUAAAGUUCCGUCUUCAAAAUUCGUCCUUGGUGCCUUGGGAACUGACACUCUUUACCCUACGGUCGUUCCCCUAGAUUGUAGUUUUUUCUCCCUCGAUGUGAUAGUUCUGCAUCCUCUGCAAACCUCAGCAGUAAUUUUGAGUCCACAGUCUGUUACUUUAAUUGGUUUCUUGCGACUAUAGGAGAAGGUAUCUGUCAGUUCUAUAGAUACUGGGACGUCGUCUGGUUGUUUUGUAGUCGCGUGACGGUCGUUUCGGUUGUGAUUGUGAAAGCACUCAGGAGGACAUUACUGACAAGGGAAGACCGGGUUGUCUGGCUCGAUGAUCCACCAUAGUCUGAUUUAAGAUUCCGAUCGCGCCCCUCCUCCCCCCUCGGGACGAGGAUAGUCCCAGCUGGUGAGGUUAAUUGAGCUAGAAGCGGUCGUCCAUGGUUUUUUGUGGGUGCAUUCGCCUCUUCUGGACGUUCGCCUGUCAGGACCUCUAGACAGGCCCGUUGUGCGUCCUAUACUUGGGAUGGGCAGGUGAACUCCACGUCUGCGUGACUGAAAAUAGCCGAAAAUUUUCUGCCCCUCUUUUUUACUUUGCUUCCUGACAAAUUUCUGUUCUCACGUGGGCUUUUUUGUUACUUUCCAAACACACUUUCUACUCACCCUAUGGUAGUAAGCUGAUAUCUUGCCUCUUUUCGUCUUUAGCCUACCGGACCAAACAGGACCUCAUCGAGACGCUGAAGAUGACACCAGCAUCAUAUCCUUCUGUUUUCAAACUAUUGUCGACUUUAAAUUCAGGGUUUGACCUCCUACCAAGCUACGACCUAGUGGUCUUUCUUUUAAGUGGUCUUUCAAGUCUAGUCACAGAAGGUCAGUAUUACGACCCUCCCCCCCCCCUUCGUAGAAGCCGCCACCCGCUAAUAACGCGUCGCGCUCAGCAGUUUUCCCUCAUAUUCCACACGGGUCUCUGCAGAUCAGAGUUGAAUUCUUAGGUCAUGCUACUUUCCAGCUGUCUUCAUCUUCAAACAGUGCUGCAAGGAACACUACCCAGUGAAUUAGGUUUUCUAACAGUUGAGCUCCGUCUUUUGUGCUACUUAAAUCCGCAUCAGUGAUAAACUAGUCAGAAGAAGCGAUCGUUUCAGAAAAUCGGGAGGACUCUGGUGGUUGCCCUGGAGUUCUCAGGACCGGACAAUCAGCGUGCCUUACCUGCCCACCUGAACAGUCAUUCUCACCCGUGGCUGGGUGGAACACCGCUCGGCGGAACUCCCACACAUCCCUAACACGUCGACCGACGGACGAAAGCAGAUUGUGGCAUUCGAGGUAGAUGCCCUUCUGGAUUUUUGUGUGAAGUCUACCCUAGGCAGGCAGGAGGGACCUUCUUUUUCGCGUCUCAGGUGACCUGAGACUUGUUACCGUAUCAUGGUGGAACUGCAAACAUGGCGCCAGUCUUGCGCGUGACCUCACGAUAAUCUCUCCCACCUACAGGCUAAUAUUUAUCCCAAUCACCCCGACGGAAACAAGUCCAAGUCGUUGAGGUUUAGCACUUACUCCAGUGUAGCUUUUUCCUUCAAACAACCUUGGAGAGUUGGUCAGCUGGCUUCGGACGAACGAGCUAGUAGCCUGAGGUUGAGUGUUCCGUUAGGCUCUGCCUCGGUUUACCUGCUGUUCCCCUACUUUUGGGUCCUCGUUGCACUAAGCAUCAGUUUCGUGCCUGUGUAUGCACACACUAGCCUCUAAAAGGAGCCACGUGGUAGAUGCGUUGGACCAACAGAGGGGGGGGGCCAGAUCGAAGUCCGGUAGGUGUUAUCGAGAAUACACACCGAUGACAAGUGUCAACAUUUGGUUGUGGCGGCAUUCCCAGUUACUGGCUGACGUCGCGCCGAUUUAGAUUCGUGCCGUCCCAUACUUGUUGUUUAAAAUCCUGGUCAGGUGGUUGGUGUGGGCCAGGGGAUGUGGUGGUACGCCUAGGUGCAGGUUCACGCCACGCUAGUCACUUACCGCCUUCCCUCGCCGUCGGUCAUCUUGACUCUGUCUUGACACCGGGUCCAUGGGGGGGGGAGGAAGAGAGAGUGCGGUAGAUGUUGCGCAAGUCUUUUACUGCCAUAAACUAAUUCACCGUCCCUGCUCUCACCCUGCUAGGGAACAGACGGUAGACAUCGUCGAAAUCAACGGUCGAACUGCCAUUAAUUCAUUCACACCAGCACUCUUCUUAGUCUGCCUAUCCUUAACCAAAACGUUUCUCUGCUGGUUACUCGCUACCCACGUUGAUUGAGAUACUUGUUGCCUUCUUCUCGAUGCUCUCGGUCGUCGGAUUGUCCUGUUUCCACAUCUCCAUCAGCUGUCGAGAAUUCUCCACCCAUGAAGAUGUGAGUUUAACUACCUACCAGUACCCUUUCUCCCUCGGUUACAUCGACAGGUGUGCAUCCUUUUGCCUUCCUUGCUAUUGUUAGCCGUCCUGGGCAAUCAUUGUUAUUUAAAAACACCUCCAUUUCCACCUCCUGACUCGCGAAUUCCCGCCAAUUUUGUGCCCACAUAGGUUUGUCUCCCUACCUCUCCCCAUUUUCUCCCUCCCCAACAAUCCACUACUCCCUGCCGUGUAAAAGUGUGCUGUCGUCCAAGCUAAGCGGACGCCUGCUCCGACAAACUGACACUUAAACCGUCGCAGGUAACGAAAUCCAUCGUCCUACCAGACGAAGCGUGUUGUUUGUCUACUUCACCCUCACUUCCCACAUUUACCGCGUUCCUAUAACAAGGUCAGGACAGCUAGGGAGGUGGCCGACAAUGCCAAAAGAGACCGUCUACGCGUGCCACACACAGCCUUCCCCUUAAGUCCACACGUACUUGGCUCCACUGAGGAGCAUCUACGGAUCUCAGAUGAGCAGUAAUGCUAUCAAAGCCUUUUCAGUCCAACCUUCAGCCUUGAGUGGUAUUGAUCCAGCCUGUCAUCCACCGGCCUUUAAGCCACGACUUUUAAGACGUCGUAAUAGAGUGAAGAAUGUCAUGUUUACUAUGGUGCAGAUUGCGCUAAUCCCUUAUGAAGAAGAAUGCUGUCGUCUGACUGACUGCUUGAUUGGGCAAAAUGAUUGAAGUGGCGCGAGAACCGCGCCGGCCGCGUAUCUUAGGUGUGCACGUCAUUCGUUAGGAACUCACACAGACUCGGCGCAGCCUGAAUAACACAUGACGUGAGCCAGUACGAUCCCACAACGGCACAGCCCGUUUCUCGACACCUUGGGCUCAGCAUCACUCUCUGCCGCCCGUCAGAACCGCAACCCUUUGUGUGCACCUGACGCUCAAACCCAAGACAGUUCCGAUUCUCAACUAACUGCCCCCAGGAAAUGUUUGUUUUUCGCCUGGUACGCCGUCCAUCCUAGUCUGUCUAACGGAUCAUUUCCAUGAAGUCCGCAUUGCCGUUUUCUCUCAAACUACGGCUAACAUUUGUGCUUUUGGUCAUGGUGAUUUUGGUCGUGGUGAGGAUUAUGAUGGUGGUGGUGAUGAUGAUGAUGACGCUGUUCGUUUCCUUUUUGCCGGCAGCGAAGCCAGUAUAUAAACUAAAGAACAAUGCCGUACGCACCCUCUCCCCAUCCUCUCUGCCGACUAUGUCUUCUGCAUCAAGUGGUGCGUCUAUUUAUCAGCUUGUGCUUUAUCUCAAACUUUAAUCCCGUCUAGAUUCGUGGCCUGCCGCGACUCUUGAAACAAGCCAACCGGAAAAACCCCUUUUCACAGGGCAGCGGUUGUAGGAAUAUGUGCUACGUGCUCUGCGGCCCAGCUCCACCCAGGUACUUUUGUAUUGCCCCUAAAACUUUCCUAUCCACUUUUUUUUAUAUAUAAAAGUACUUUCAAGUUCUACAAAAGACCUCUCUUUGGUGUCUUUUGAAGCCACGUUAAGGAUAGUGCAGCUAAGAGCCUGGAGUGUUAUCACCUUUAAGUUGUGUCCGGACAAUGUCUUCGGGUGAGAGAAAUGUCUGAACGUUUAUUGGCAACUCAGACAUUCUAUUUUAUUUACGAGUUCUUUACAUGUAGCUCCUUCAUCGGACGCCCUAUUUCACCCUGAGGUUUCGGUCUAAAGUCCUCUCCAGAGGUUGAAUAGCGCCCAGCAGUUGAUGGUUUAGACAUAUUACAAGCGAACGAAAGGGUGGCCAUUUCUAGUGUGUUUGCUAUCCCUCACAAACCUUCCCCUGAUCUUAUCGGGGAAUACCUGGAUCUCCCUACUUCAUGCUUCAACCAGGGUAGGUCGACUAACGGUAACUCCUACAUGGUAUAGGCUAUUCCUGAAUACAGUUGGCAAAGCGUUAGCCCCCGACUCAACAAAUAUAAUGUUUGUUUCAAUAGCCAGCUCCUCGCGUGUUAUGAUGUCUGGUCCUCUCAGCCCUGGAUUCGAAUAUGGCUAAAUGUCGGAGACAAAUGA